GGUUGGGACUACCAGAUCAGGCUAGCCUGUGCUCUGCCGAAUCAUCAGCUUCUGAAAACCUCUAUUCGGAGUUGAGUUUCGUAGAGUUGCUGUCUGAGGACUAGGGAACUACAAUGGCAAAUGUGCUGAAGAGUGUGAAGGUUCCUCCGAAUUCGGUGAAUCUGGAGGAGGCAAGGAACCGAGUCUUCGAUUUCUUCAGGACUGCCUGCAGAUCAAUCCCCACCAUCAUGGAAGUCUACAACCUCAACGAAGCCGUCUCUCCCUCUCAGCUCCGCUCCACUGUUGCUUCCGAGAUCCGCAAGAAUUCCCACAUUACCAAUCCUAAGGUGAUUGAUAUGAUGGUCUUCAAGGCAAUGGAAGAGUUGAAGGACAUUGUGGAUCAUGCAAAGCAGAGGCAUCAUAUCAUUGGUCAGUACGUGGUAGGUAAACAAGGGCUUGUGCAGGAUUCGGGCGUAAAAGACCAGGGAAUCUCUCCCUUUUUGAAAAAUUUCUACAAGAGCAAUUACUUUUGAAGUUUGGUCUGGUAUCUUCCAUUUGCUCAAAUAAAGAAUCAUCUGGAACUGAUUUGUGCCGCUGUUGGAUUAAAAAAAAAGAAAAAAGAAAAAAUUAGAUGAUGUCACUUUGUUUCAGAUUUAACUGUUGUUUUUUAUUGACUGUUUUGUUAAUGCUAGUACACAUGUAUCUACCACUAUGCAGAAGGUAGAAGUUGUUCCUUAAUAGUGUAUUGGCUUAAUAUGUAAAAGAAUAAAGGAUAAUGAUUUUUGACUUUCCUGUGAUUUUAGCAUACAACAAUGGCCAAGGGCCUACUAGAUUUUCAGGGGACAUGGUAAUGUAACAUUUGCAUGUAUCCUUGAAGCGAGUCAUACUAUUUAUAAAUUAUGUACAAGUUAUAAAUAGUGUGGUUUCAUUUCAGAUUA